UCACGGAUUCACAGAUUCACAGUUAGCCCGAGCGAGACACCCUCUCAAAAUCAAGCUCGGACCAAAUCCUCUCACUUCUCAAUUCAAAACCACACAGAGACACAGUCACACAGCUCUUCCUUCGUCCGCGUCGGCGUCUGCGGCUCUGCAACUGCAAUUCUCCUCUUACUUCUUCUUCUCCUUCUUCUUGCUGUUUCUUCUACUCGUAGCUCCACUGGAGAUAUCGCCAGAACUGAGGUUUACCUGUGAGGUUAUUUGUGCUACAUUCUGAUUAGACGAGAGGUCUGAUGGAUUUUGAUGAGUAUGAUUAUUUAGAGAAAACAGUUGAAAAUCCUGAACCCCCGAAAUCAAAAGAAACUGUGAAUGGUGGUGAGGAAGCUUCAAAAUCUGGAGAGAAAGGUCGCAGCCGAAGUUCAAGGCAUAAAGGUGACGAGAAGGGUCACGAUGAGGAGCGUCACUCAAAGCGUUCAAAAUCUGGAGAUGAGUCCCGUGAACGUGGUAAUGAUAGGCACAGAGAGAGGGGAUCUUCUCGUCACCGCUCACAGUCCAGAGACAGAGAAAAGGAUCGCCACAGGAGUAGCCGGGAUCAUAGAGGUAGGGAAGACAGAGAAAGGGAGGAAAGAAAUGGUAAGGAGAGAAACAGGGAAAGAGACAAAGAGCGGGAUCCCGAUCGUGAUAGAGACAGGAGAGAACGUGACCGCGAGGGUGACAGGGACCGGGAGAAGGAUAAAGAGCCACCACGUCGAAGCAUGAGCCAUUCAGAAAGGCAUCGAAGUGAUCGGGAUGAAAGAGAAAGGAGCCGGGAGGUGGAGCAUAAAGAAAGAGAUAAGGAGAGGGAUUUGAGGGAGCGGGAAAAAGAAAACAGAAGACAUAAAGACAAAAAGGAAGAAGGGACAGAACCAGAGUCUGAUCCAGAGAGAGAUCAAAGGACAGUAUUUGCUUAUCAGAUUUGUUUGAAGGCAGAUGAAAGAGAUGUAUAUGAGUUCUUCUCAAGGGCUGGAAAGGUCCGCGAUGUACGUCUUAUUAUGGAUCGCAAUUCAAGACGUUCGAAGGGAGUUGGGUAUAUUGAGUUUUAUGAUGCGAUGUCAGUACCUAUGGCGAUCGCACUCUCUGGUCAGCCUCUUCUUGGUCAACCAGUGAUGGUGAAGCCAUCAGAGGCUGAGAAGAAUCUAGUUCAGUCAACAACAUCUGUUGUCACUGGACCAGGUGGGAUGAUAGGCCCAUAUUCUGGUGGAGCUAGAAGGCUGUAUGUUGGAAAUCUCCAUACCAAUAUAAAAGAAGAUGAUCUCCGCCAGGUUUUUGGAGCAUUUGGUCCUGUAGAACUGGUUCAGUUGCCUCAUGAUGAAACUAACAACUGCAAAGGUUUUGGAUUUGUGCAGUUUGCACGUCUUGAAGAUGCUAGAAAUGCUCUUAGUUUGAAUGGGCAAUUGGAGAUUGCAGGUCGUGUAAUUAAGGUGUCGGCUGUUACAGACCAAGCUGGAAUGCAAGAUCUUGGAGCAAAUGCUGGUGAUUUUGAUGACGAUGAAGGCGGUGGCUUGUCAUUGAAUGCCCGCUCUCGAGCAAUGCUUAUGCAGAAAUUGGACCGUAGCGGAACUGCAUCAAGUAUUACUGGUCCCUUAGGCACAACCGCUGUCAAUAGCGCUGGUGUUUCCUUACCAAUGGCACCAAUCCUGGGAGCUGCACCAGGAAUUUCUUCUCUUGUUCCUCCCAUUACCUCUGUUCCUGGUUUUGCUGGACUUGGUAUUGCAGGGCUUCAAAUUCCGACAGCUACUCUUCCAUCUGUAGAUACAGUUGGUGUUCCAAGCGAAUGUUUACUGUUGAAAAAUAUGUUUGAUCCCACAGCCGAGUCGGAACCAGACUUUGACUUGGACAUCAAAGAUGAUGUUCAGGAGGAGUGUUCAAAAUACGGGAAAUUGAAGCAUAUAUAUGUGGACAAGAAUACUGCUGGACACGUGUACUUACGAUUUGAAACUAUAGAAGCUGCUUUAAAUGCUCGACAUGUUCUCCACGGAAGGUGGUUUGCUGGAAAGAUGAUCGAGACAACGUUCAUGUUGCCCCAGACCUACGAGGCUAAAUUCCCGGACAGCAGAUAGGAUAAAAUAUGCAGUGCUGAAAAUGUAGAAAAAAGUAGCCGGUACGCCCUGUUGGUGGUAGCCUCUGAAUUUUGGGUCCAAUUUUCAUGUGAGAGUACUUCAGUGAAUCAUCAUCGGGGCUUUGUGUGAAAGAAGAAAGGAUGUGAUGGGUGAGAAUUACGUGUAGGUUACUUUGAAAUUUUUACAGCCAGUGAGAAGUGAAUUUACAGAUACCCGGGUUUACAGACCGAUGGCUGCUCUCGUUUGUUGAAUUUUCGAGUGUUUUCGUUCCCUUACUAAAUGGAUGGGUGCUGUAAGUGCUGUUACUAGAUUUGUCUUGACUAAAUUGAAUGGACAAUGCAAGUGUUUUGAAAGAUUCGACUUGACCAUCUACUGUAAAGUGAAAGUUGAUCUA